AUGAACACAACAGCGUCCAUUAAUACUACUAAUAUUUAUCCAUUUCAUUUCGAAUAUUAUGUAACUACAUGGGUAACUACAUUAAUUGGUACAAUAUUCUCAUGCUUAAGUUUAAUACGUUACUUUCGUUAUAAUUAUCAACGAACGCAAUUAACAUAUGUUUAUCAUUUUUCACUUGGUUUUUCUUUAGUUUUAUCUCUAAUAAGUACACCAUUACAUACAUCAACAGGUUAUUUUUUAUCAAUAUUAUCAAUAAUAUCUGAGUAUCAAUUUCGUUUAUUAUGUAAUUUUAAUUUAAUAAGUUUUUUUGUCGCAUCAGCUGGUAUCGGUUAUUCAAUAGCAUAUGCAAGUUUAGAACGAACAUUUUUUAUAUUUUAUUCUCAAAAUAUACGACUAACAUGGAUAAGACAAUUUACACCAUUUUUAAUUAUAUUUUCCUCAUGUAGUCUAGUAAUAACUUUAUUUAUUCUUUUAUCAAAAUGUUCAUCAGAUAUUUCUCUACAUUUAUUAGGCUGUUUUGAAUCAUUAAAACUUCAAAUAAUAUGGUUUUUAUUACAAUUUUUAAUACCAUUUAUAUUUAUGUUAAUAUCUAUUUUAUUUCUUAUUUAUCGAAUUGAAAUUCAUACAAAUCGUAUACGAAUUUCUUUAAAUCGAAAACGUUCAAGAAAUAAAUUUCAAAGAAUUCUUAUUCAUUUAAAUAUUUAUAAUGCUUUUUAUAUGUUAUCAAUAUGUCCAAUGAAUAUAUAUUCAUUUAUACGAAUAUAUAUGAAUAUAAAACAACGAUUCAUUGAGAUAAUUUUAAUUAAUUAUUCAUUUAUGACACUUAAUUGUUAUUCUAUUUUAAUAUUUCUACUUACACAAGUUAAACAACAACAUCGAAUUAAAUUUUAUCAAGAACAAAAACGAUCUCCUUUUAUAAUAAUAACUCAUCCUUCAACUGAAUCAGAUGAAUAUCAACGAACUCGAUUAUAG